AUCCAUUUCAGUUCCUCUCCAAAAGUGAACCUGCAAAGGAACAGACAGUUCAACCAGCUUUAGCCCGGAAGCCCACUGUGAUCCGAAUCCCAGCUAAACCUGGGAAAUCUUCACAUGAAAUCCCACAUAGCCCUCCACCACUAGGGAACACCUCUGAUAUCACAGUGGGAAAGCCCAACAGUGGUGACCUAGUAAAAAACGUGGAGUUGGAUCUUUCAGAACAGGGUGGAGGGCCUCAGCUAGAACCUGUACGACCCCAAAGGCCUGUGGAUGGAAAAAUUAUACCUGCUCGACCUCCUCCACCUAAAGGUGUUCCUGGAAGACCACCUCCACCAAAACUCUCUGCAGCCAAGACCUCCUCCCAGAAGGAUGCUCUUUCACGAUCUACUUCUGACAUCGCUCCUGAUAAAAAACUCAGCAAGUUCAGACUGGGACCCAAGAGAGCAAAAAGUCAAGUCUUUAAAAAUCCAGAUCCAGCAUUACCUCCUAGACCUAAACCUGGUCAUCCUCUCUACAAUAAAUACAUGCUACCUGUGCCUCAUGGAGUUGCCAAGCAAGAUUGUCUUCCCAGGAACACUGCAGAACCGUCCUGUAAGGAUUCCAACCACCCUCCAAAAGUUUCUGACACAAGUGCACCUCAUGCUAUAGUCCUGCAUGAUUUUCCUGCAGAGCAUGCUGGUGACUUGGACCUUCAUACUGGAGACACCGUUUGUCUUUUGGAGAAAAUUGAUCCCGAGUGGUACAGAGGAAAAUGUGGGACUCGCACCGGGAUAUUUCCUGCCAGCUUUGUUAAAGUAGUUAUUGAUGUCCCAGAAGAAGUCAACAGGAAAAAAACACCCUCUUCAUCACAAAGUAUUAAAGGCCCAAGAUGUGUAGCACGAUUUGAAUAUAUUGGAGAUCAGAAAGAUGAACUCAGUUUUUCAGAAGGUGAAAUUAUUAUCCUUAAAGAAUAUGUAAAUGAAGAGUGGGCCAAAGGAGAGCUAAGAGGCACUUCUGGAAUUUUCCCCUUGAAUUUUGUGGAAAUAACUGAAGAUCUGCCUGGAACAGGUACAGGAGCAGCACCGAAGAACAAGGUGGAGGUUUCUUCUUCCUUUCCUCAGAACAACAGGCGCUCCGUGGAGUGGUGUGAAGCGCUUCAUGAUUUUACAGCGGAAACCAAAGACGACUUGUCCUUUAGAAAGGGAGACUACAUCCAAAUACUGGAACAAGUAGAUUCAGAGUGGUAUAGAGGAAGGCUGAAUGAAAAGGAAGGGAUUUUCCCAGCGGUUUUUGUUCAGAUCUGCUCAGCCAGGGUAGAGCUGUCACAAUCCGUAGGAGGGAAGAAAGGAAAAGCCAAAGCUCUUUAUGAUUUUCAUGGAGAAAAUGAAGAUGAGCUUUCCUUCAAAGCGGGUGAUACAAUAACAGAGCUGGAAUCUGUAGACGAGGACUGGAUGAGCGGAGAGCUACAAGGGAAGUCUGGGAUCUUUCCCAAGAAUUUUGUUCAGAUUUUAAGAACUCCGUGA